CAAUGGCUGCAAAAUUGUUGAUUCGGAGAUACUCUGCUUUUUCAGCGGCCAGUCGAGCUCGAGCGGCAACGUUUCCAAUUGAUAAAUGGUGCAAAGAUGGAUAUUCACAUCAUGAGACAUCAACGUCGGAAAUGCGUGGAAUUCGUGUUUUUUCCAAAGAUAGUUCUUUGCCGGAUUCAAGUAAGAAGCUUUCGAACAAAGAAAAAAUGAAAAUUCUCGUGCGUGACUACGGAGCGACCGCCGUCAUCUUUCACGUGUCCAUAUCUCUGACGUCACUCGGUCUGUGCUACCUCCUGGUUUCUUAUGGUGUUGACAUGCAGGCAGCUAUUGCCUAUCUGGGCUUCAAGCAGUCUUCAAAGAUUGUUUCCGGAACUGGCACAUUUGUGGUAGCAUAUGGAGUACACAAAGUAUUCGCUCCUGUUCGAAUCGCUAUCACUGCUGCAUCGACUCCACUCAUUGUUCGGUACAUGAGAAACCUCGGCUGGUUAAAGAAACCGUCACCUGAAGGAGGCAGCACACCUCACGAAUGCAUGGCAUUUUCAGCUCACCUGUUGAGAUCGGGAUUUCAGAGAGUCGCAUUUGCGCUCGAACUUGUACAGAGUAAUCUUCGACUACGCACAAGCUGCAGGGCUACACCACUAUUAGCAGUCCAUCGCCUCUCAGACUCGAGCAGCCAUCGACAGACUGAUGCGCAUGGCAGGUCGAGAUCGAAAGACACUGCGAGCUCACUAGACGUCCACACACACACGAACAGCGGUCUUUCAAGUCGACAGAGAAUAAGAGGAUUAGUACGAGACUAUGGAGCGACCGCGGUCGUUCUCUACAUGACGAUGUCGACUACUUCGCUAACGACGUGCUAUCUUCUAGUUUCAUAUGGUGUUGACAUUCAAGCUGUGAUCACCUACUUGGGUAUCUCGCAGACGUCACGCUUUGCUUCCGGGGCCAGCACAUUCGUCAUCGCCUAUGCCUGCCACAAGCUUCUCCUCCCCAUCCGACUAGCAGUUACCGCGACAGCCACUCCGCUCAUUGUACACUAUCUCAGACAAAUUGGAUGGAUAAAGAAGCCUAAUGUCAAUCAUCAACAACCGAAGUGAUUCUAUCAAGAACGAGUACGUAUUAUCAUAACAGAUGAACAAUAAAACGAUUCAAACUACACAAUACCGACUAGUCUAUUGAAAAAGUGUAACUAAUUCUA